CAUUUGGGUAUUUAAACCCCUCUCCUGGCUUCAUUGAGACACACCAAGUCUUCAUUGAGAUUGAGAUUGAGAUGCCUGCCAUCAUGAAAGCUUCACUGAUCUUCCUUGCAUUGUCCGUGGCUUCUAGCCUGGCACUGGAUUGCACCAUUAUUGAUGGCUCCCUCAAGCAGAUUGAUGCCGGCGCAGGGCAGGUGUUUGGCGUGAACAGUGGAAACUCAAUCUUCGUGCGCUAUGGAAACAACUGGGUGAAGGUCCCAGGGGCCCUCAAACACGUAUCUGUGGGACCCUCUGGAGUCUGGGGUGUCAACGGUAACAAUUACAUCUACAAGAUGGUUGGAGGCAACUGGCAACAAACUCAAGGUCUCCUGAAGCAGAUUGAUGCUGGCGGUGAUGAAUUUAUUGCUGGAGUCAACAUGAACGGCAACACCUACUGUCUGAAUCGCGAUCCCACCAUGACUGUUCAUAGCACAGACCCGAUUCCCUGGAACUUGCUUCCUGGAGCUCUCAAGUACUACUCCUGCGGGCCCUACAGCUGCUGGGGAGUGAACUCUGCUGAUCAGAUCUAUGUGAUGAAAGGAGUGACUCCAUCUUCCUGUAUGGGCAGCAAUACAUGGCAGAACAUCCCUGGAGCCUUGUCCAUGAUUGAGGUCUCCACUGACGGCAGUGUGUACGGGGUGAAUGAUGCAGGGAAUGUCUAUCGCAGGGAUGGGACCACUGCUAGUAAUCCAGCCGGCACAGUGUGGAUUCAGCUGAAUAUUUCUGGAAAGAGCAAGCAUGUGUCAUACGAUCUGGGUGUGCUGUGGGUGAUCAGACAAGACAACUCAAUCCAGGCUUGUCACCAAACUCCACAGAACAAGAAAAAAUAAAUAUGUUUCUUACCUCAUACGAGCUUGAAGUGGUGAAAAUGACCACCUUGUCGAAUAAAGCAAUUAAAAAAAAAAAUCUGAAGA